CAAGGUUAGAUUAUAUUAGAAUUAACUUGUUAAAGGUUGGACCAAUCAGUUGUUAGUUUAUUUAACUUGGUACUAACGUGUUCGUUUUGUGGUUAAAUAGGCAAUAUAUCUUGUAAUGCGAUUAACUAACUAAACUAAGUAUCCUGAAUGUUCUGUACUAUAGACUUGAUUUAUUGUACCUCAUUAAACAGUAGUAUGAUUUACACAAAUUUGUAUUGUAACUUUAAGUAGUAUAUAUUUUUUUCAUUUGUAUUUUAUUAUUUAUUUUCCAAUUUAUUAUUACCUUUAUAUCUAGGAUCUAGCUAAUUGGAAAUCAUUUUUUAAAUUAUUUCUUCUGAAGACAACAAGAAUGUCUGCUGCAAGACAAGGCUUGCAAGUGGCCAAGAAGAUCACGUCACUUAAUGCUGUUAACCUUAACUGGCAGGUCGGCAAAUACCCAAACCAACUUGGAUGCAUCCACGACAGUUUGGCCCCCUUCCAGAAACAGCUUCACAAGAUUGACUACGUUGGAUCAGGCUACUGCAAAAUUGGCCUGCUGAACCAUGAUAUGCUAAAUGAGACCGAUCCGAUUGUUCAGGAGGCAAGAUUGCGGAUGACAGAAGAUGAGAUCCAAGGAAGAUAUUUCCGACUCUCAAGAGCUCUACUUCUUUCCGCUAACCACCAGAUACUUCCAACUGAGCAGUGGACACCAAUGGAUUCAGAUCACAACUACCUUCAGCCUCAUAUCAAUGCUGUGAAGCAGGAAACCAAGGAAAGGUUGCUGGUGAAGUGCGCUUUGCUUGAUUUCGAAGAUUUGGUAGACCGGGUGUUUUUGAUUCCCUUCCGUAUGAUGAAUUACUUCCAGAUCAAAAAUAUCCGACAGAAACUUAAAGUCCAAGGAAACCCAAAGCUUAUCUAAUCGCUUUCACAGAUCUAUCUUCACUAAAACUGUAUGCUAAUUCAUCAGUUGUAACGACUUAUUUAUUUGAAUAUGGUAUUUUGAAUAAUAACUUGUGACUUUUUUGGUUUAAUAAGUUCAACAGUGCAUAAACAAAUACAAAAUAAAGUUCUAUUUAUCUUUAUCAUUCAAUGAAAGCAGAUAUAUGUUGAAGUUA